AUGACUCAAGUAUCUAUCUUUCCAUAUCAAGAUCGUGACUUUUGGACGUCGGGAACUCUUCCGUUCGCGGCCAAACUUCCGAAGCUUCGUUCUGCUGAUGCCAGUGCGAGUGUUGGUUUGGGAGCGGGGGCUGCUCCGGGUGGGGGUGGCGCUCCGGCUCCGGGUCGUGAUGACUUAGUGGUGGGGUUGCUGACGCAGCUAUUGGCUCGUUUUCCGCCGGUGGUUCCACAGGGGGCUCCAGGAGUACCGCCAGUGGCAGAGGUGCAGCAUGUUGCUGCAGACGUUGCGCAGCCGAGGCUGUGGGUGCGGGUGUGA